CAUCUGGGGCCUGAAGCCUCAUGCACACAAGGCAUGCUUGUACGAUUAUCCAUUUGAAGCUUUUACCAUAUUUCCCGUCUGUGGUGCAUUGCACGUUUUUCAUAUACAGGACGUUCUAUGAAUUUGAAAAAAAGAAAAAAAAUAGGAAAGAAAAAGUUGAAAAAGAAACUGUUGCAUCAAACAAGAGCAUUGGAUUUAUUGCAUACCUCCUUAAAGGUCGUUCGUGUGGAACGUUUGUGAACAGACGUUAUAUCUCGUAUUUUAAAGACCUCACUCCUACCAAUCGAUGGGCUCUAGGCUAGUUCUACAUCCAAUGCCGUCGACGCAAGUUACACCAGUCGGGUUUUAUCUUCGAGAUAACAUCCUACCAAUCAAUGCCUCAGCAUCGUGCAUUGCUCCCAACCUUCGAAUGCGCUUUACCAUGCUAUUGGCCUCACGAUCGCUCGUUCUAUACGGUGUGGUACGGUGUGUACUUGGCCAAACAGGCGAAAACGAGACAACCACGCAGUUCGACCGGGAGUUUGCUUCUAAAACUGCUUACAACGCAAGGCUGCUGUAACACGACGAUCCUGCGGCGCGGCGUGCCUCUUUAAACCACACCCGGAACGCUGCCUCGUGUUCUCGGGACGCUUGCUCUUUUUUUCGAAAAUUCUCGUACGCGUCCGCACCGUGGGUCUCUCAUUCCGCUCAGGCGCGUAACGAGACUUUUGAAAACGGGGGCCUUAGGAACGAUUUUCUCCUGUUUUUCGCGGCUAUUUUGUUUUCCUGUGAUCUUUGCUUCUAAACGGCGAAAAAACGUUGUACCAUGUACGAUCGGAACAAAUGGAUAACAAAAGGAAAUGACUCUAGGGAAUUUUUACUGAGGCGACGCGUUGGAAAUUAGUUUAGAAUUCUAAUCGACUUUGAAAUACUUGCCACAGUUGAUAACGCUGAAUCACUUGUUUUUAGAAAUAAUAAUUCGAAUGUCACUAUUCUAAAAGUAAAAUUUAUAUUAUAUUAUCUUAAUUAUAUUAUUAUUUUAUUAGUUAAUCUUUGGAAUUAAUAAUAUAUGCACUAUCUGCUUAUAGUUGAAACUAUUUUAAUAGUGAUUUUAAACAAUAAUAGAAAAUUAUAUUGCAUAUAUUUGUAAUAUAUAGUUAUUUUCUUAAUUUGUUUAUGAAGUAAUUGAUCGUCGAAGUUGCUACAUCGUCUAACCUUAUCGUCUUUAUAAACAUUACAGGAAGUGGUUCUUAAAAAUCUAGGAAAAUCAAAUACAUACAAAAGUCAUAUAACGAACAAUGCCUGUUUUAAUUUCUUUUUGUUUUUCCAUUCAUUUGGUCUCGACCUUUGCAGCUGCUGUACACGUUUAACUUAAAGUACAAUACAGAAAUUGAUCUGUAGGUUUCACCAGAUGUUCAGUACUUACAAAAUUGUCACCUUGUCGUUUGGUCAACCACUUCCGUUUCGUUGUUCCAUGCAACUACUAUUUUUAUAUACUAUUAUACUAUAGAUAUCUAAACCAUUUUAUUUUUAAAACAUCGUUAAUAUUUUCUCAAAAAAAGAUAUUUAGAUAUAAUUCAAAUAUAAUAAAUAAAAAUAUUUUAUUUUAAAAGUAUCCAAAACAAAUAGAAAAUGUAGAAAUACAUUUUAAAUAUUCUAUUAAUAGUAUAAUGAUAGAAUUCUUUUUAUUUGUCUAUUUCUUGUUUAUCUUUUUGUUUUAUUGUAGCAUGAAAGUUUGUCAUUUCCUUCGCGAAGACAAAUGCGAAGUUCUUUGGAAUACGAGUUCUAUUAUUAGGAUUUACCAAUGUUGCUUGAUUCAAGAACAAAAACCUUCUCCCCUAUGCUGUCUGUUCUUUGAUAUGCAUCUAAAAAGUCGCUUCUCCUUAAAUGUGCUAUCGCGACCGAAUAAAAUACACUCACAAAUGGGUGGCACUGACAAAAACUCGAGAAUGAAGGGACGACGAUCGAUAGAAAUUUUUAUCGGAUCCGCACACCUCGCUGUCAAUAAUUUUCACAUAUAAAUGGUAUAUUUUUGAUAAAGCAUAUACUGCUGGCAAGGUUAACAAGGUUCUCCUAAACAAUAAAGAUGCCUCGAGUAAGGAGACAAGUGGUCUUGGAAGAUCCUGCCAGGCCUGUCACACCAGACAUGGUGGAAACUAAAUUAUUGAAACAAGAGUUUUUGGACGAUGGCUCUUUGGAUGAAGUUCAAGCACAAAAAGUGGCUGAAGAAACACCAAGUCCUCAUCUUCAAGACCAUCAAUAUGGACAAACACCUUGUUAUCAAGUAACAAGGAAACCCACACAACCACCACCACGAACUGAACAAAUAUCAGUUCAAGCAGUGAAACGAAGACUGAAUCUGGAAAUGGGAACUACCGGUCCUAGCCAAUCUGCCUUCAAAGCCCCUAGAGGCAAACGUAGGAGAUCUGGAUCGAGUUCUCUGGCUGGCCACACUCCUACAAAAAGUAAAACGGUAGAAAGAACGCGGUACGAUACAUCACUGAGCUUACUUACAAAAAAGUUCAUACAUUUAGUCGAGAGCAGUCAAGACGGCGUUGUAGAUUUGAACGUAGCGUCUGAAAAGUUAGAAGUACAGAAACGUCGUAUAUACGACAUUACGAAUGUAUUGGAAGGCAUAGGUAUUUUGGAGAAGAAAAGUAAAAACAAUAUACAAUGGAAAGGUGGUCAGUUACCAAACGAUAGGAAUGAUAUCGCUGAUCUCAGAAGGGAAGUGGCAGAUUUAGAAGCUAAGGAAAACACCCUGGAUCGAUUGAUUCACGGCGCAGACAAAAAUCUUAGGGAGCUCUGUGCAGACAGACAAUACGCUUAUGUAACGUAUCACGAUUUACGUUCUGUCCCAAUGUACAAAGACCAGGCUAUAAUGGCAGUAAAAGCUCCGCCAGAAGCCACACUUCAUGUUCCACAACCCAUCAAUAACCUUGGUCAGCAAAAGCUUCAAAUGCAUAUGAGGUCAUCUCAUGGCGAGAUAGAGGUGUUCCUCUGCCCUGAUGAUCCUACAGUCAAAACGUCCCCCAAUCCGGGUUACACGACGACGCAACCUGUGCCUUCGUCAAAAGAAUCCGAAAUACCUUGUCUGCCUCCUGAACUUUUAACCAAUGAAGAAAGCGGAGUUCGGGUUGAACCAGUACCUUCUGUCGAGAGUUCGUUGAAUACUCGUUUGUCCACACCGGUUAUAUCUGCAGUUACCAGUUUAGCAGGCAUGAGGGACGCACUUUUGUGUGAAUCUGAUGAUUAUGGACCAAUGGGUGGAGGCAAAUUCCAACUCCAAACGGAGGAUCAAAUUAGCACUUCAGAUCUAAGUAUUCUUGAUUUCGGUGAGCACCUGCUGUCUCUGGAACCGCCUCUUUCCGAAAACGACUAUUCGUUCGCGUUAGGCACGGAGGAGGGACUUUCGGAUCUCUUUGAUUUCAAAUUCUAAAGGAUAUCGUCCUAAUCGUCGUCGUCGUGACACGCAAUACAAGCAAAGACCCCUGUCUUUUUUGGACUACCACUCUGAGUUCGCCUCCUUAGUAUUCGAACGGAUAGAGAUCACUUGGUUAAUCCAAUAAUACUAGCGCUUUCGUAUCGAUUGACAAUUUUUGUUUUAUUAACUUCAAAGGGAACGAUCGAACAGAAAACGUAGUAACGUACGAAUCAUCCAUCGGCCCAUUAUACAAAUUGGGAUAAAAAUAAGGAAAAUAUAAGAACAGGGAUACUCCGACAAUUAUGUUUCAAACGCGAUCAAAUUCACGUUACAAUGGAAAUCGACACGUUGCUCCGACAAUUUCUUUUUUAUCAAUAAUAAAUAAUUCUGCUUCUUAUAUAGUUUUUGUAAAGACAAAGAAAGAUGGACACGUGUGUAAAUAUAUUAAAAAGUAUACAGAUAGAACGUGUUAUUCGAGUACCGGAUAGUAUUUUAUCAAAGGUGUGUUUCACGGGCGGUGAUUUUUCUUUUCUUUUUUUUUUUUUUUUUUUAAGCAGUUUCCGCGAGAGAUCGACUGCACAUAGUUGUUAUCACGGUCGGCCCGUAAGUUUCGAAAUUCGGCCUGUGCGUGGAUAAGAGUAGUAUCGAAUAAACGGAGAUUUGGGUGGGGGAGGGGUGGGGGGAGAAACAUAUCACGAUAAUGUUGAACGCGCGCGGUGAACACUUCCAGCUUGAUACGGUCGCAGCCGAUUGAGUUUAUGGGAUUAAUAAGUUCGUAAAAUAGCCCUGGUGGAGUUGAAGCGCCGCUUUCUUGUGCAAUGUGUGUACUAAUAUUGUAAAUGAUGUAAGAGUAUGAAGACUAGUUGUGAAAAAGAACGGUUGAUAUAGGAGGAAGAAGAUAUAUUUGAAGUUUCAAAGAGAGGAGAGACUGGUACGAACAACUACGAUGUUUCCCUUUUUCUUUUGUUUCUUUCUAUGGUUAAUUAAUCGAAUUGUAUAAAAUGAAAAAUUAUUAUUAUUAGAAUCGAUAGCGUAUGAAAAGAAGAAGAUGAAAAUAGUUUCGAUGAAAAAAGAUCCCUCCUAGAAUAAUGUUUCUAUCGAUAUAUAUAUAUAUAUAAUUGAAAAGAUAAGAGCAACGGAUAAAACGUUUUCCGGGCGGUCGCCUUUCUCUUGUCACUUGGACUGACUGAUUGUUCUCUUUUUUCUAAAUCGUGCGCUUUUACCGCCGAGAGACCGCCGUCCGGAAUGGUCGAAUUGUAAUUAUUAAAAUAUUUGUCGAGGCGAUCGAUGCGUACAGUAGGCUUUAUCGACGAAGAAAUCGUUUGUAAAAAGAGAAAAUGAUGAUAAAAAAACGGAGUGUGAGGGAGAGAGAGAAAGAGACGAAGAAGAUGAAAAGCGCGAGCGGCUGAAGGCAUAGUUUUUAUUCUAUAUACUUUUGUAAUCGGUCGAAUUUUCCGAAUAGAGAGCGACAAUUUGUACAGUUUGAUGCAUGAAGAAAAAAAAAAAAAAAAGAAAAGUAUAUCUAUAAUAAUUGAAUUUAUCUAUCGGUGCGGAUGAAGAACAUUUUGUGACAUGUAAAAAAAAAAAAAGAAAAAAUACACACAUAACGAACACGUACAUAUACGAAACAUUAUCAUCUUACAGUACGAUCUCCUAGCGAAAAAAAUAUUAUUCAGUCUGGCUAAUAGAUCAUGAUCAUCGUGUCGAAUCAUCGUCGUGUUGGAUUAGCUUCUUUGACGAUGUCGUAGCGAACACGGAGACGAACUCGAGCGUACGAUGGGAAAGAAGGAGCAUAGGAAGCAGAGGAAAAAUCGUGUAAAAGCAGAAAACCUUAGGGCGUAUCGUUGUAUGCAAACGCACGUAUAUUUAAUUCGAGUCGUAACGAUGAAGAACGUUUAAGAUUCUUUUUCAGGAUACAGUGUUAUUCUGAACCUGAUUUAUAAGGAAAAAGGGAUUUUUCGAAGAGAAUUUUGCACCAGUGUCAGCCUUGACUUCUGCCGCGUGAAACGGCGUGGAAAAAAAGAAAGAAAGUUUGAAAGAGUCGGUGUUUCAAUGAAAAAUUUGAUCAAGUACGAGGGAGGAUCAAGAUGACGAAUAUUUGUUCCUUGAGGAAGUCGAGAGUGCAUUGGAGGGAAUUAUCUCAACUGGAAAUCUCUUAAGGAUGUACCCUAAACGUACAACUUACAAUUAGUGUACGUCCAAAGCCAUAGUGCCUACACAAUAAUGAUCACACCCUUCUGCAAAAGAACUGUAAAUAAUUUACAUACUAUACAAAAAUAUAUGAAUAUAUAUAUAUAUUAUAUAUAUAUACAUACACACAGACAGGCAAAAUGUAAGAACGUGACGACCCCGAUGGACAAAAACGGAAAUAAUAGAGAAAGAAAAACCGGAUGCUGCGGACACCUCAUUGCGAUUAUCACGAUAUAUCGAUUAGUUAGUUUUAAUUACGGUUAAUAAUUAAUUAUUGAUACAUUACACGAGGAAAAUGUUAGUUUAUAAAUUCACUUAUUAUAUAUAUAUUAUAUAUAUAUAUAUAUAUGUACGAUGUAUAUGUAUAUGUAAUAAGUACAUAUGUUUUAUAGUCAAGCGAAUAUUGUGCAGAAUAAUCGCUGGAUUCUGAUUACUUGCAAAACUAGGAAACUUAUUUUCUCUCUUUUUCCAAAAGCAUAGAAACGCGAAAUGUUUCUUCUAGCUGUACGUGUAUUUAUUUCAACGAAUAACUCAUAACGAAUAGCUCAUUUUUCAGAGCAAAAGAGAAACUAUUAAAUAUAACUUUGCCUCUCGUCGUUUUACCGUCGAAUGAAAUAAAUAAGAUGAAAAUCCUUGGAUAACGUUAUUUUGCACAAUGUUCGUAGCGCGCAAUACCUGUCUGCAACAGAGAGGGUUGUAUUAGUUUCGUUUCUCGUUUCUUUUUCUUUCUUUUUUCUUUCUAUUCAAUUGAUGGUAUCAUGCUUUUCUCAUACGCAUCGUGCAACGAGAGGGUAAGCAAAAGGGAAAAAAAAGAAAAACAAAGGAAAGAAGAAGAAAAAGAAGAAGAAGAAGAAAACGCGAAUCAAGAGAGUGCGUGAGCGUGUGUGAAUGGACGUGAUGAUCGAAUGAUGAUAAUUGAUACGAAUGUUCGAUGGUCGACGGUUCGAUUAACGAUCCCGACACGCCAGUGAGAAGUUGCGAUAUUUUCUACCUGAAUGUUUGCGGGGAUCUCGGCGAAGUCUGAGCGCGUCCGGGAUUUUAAGAAGUAUAAUAAUAAUGGUUUAUUCAUAUUGUAUUUUUUAUUCUGUUCGAAGAAGGGCUACGUUGUAAAAAACACAUCGAUUAUAAGAAAAAAAAAAAAAAAAAGAAAAAAGAAAAAGGACGAAGCUACGAAUAACGUUGUGACGUUUUCAGACUUACCGGGAUCUGUUUACAAUAACUUAUCGCGAAGAUGGCAGUCCAUCAGUUUUCAUUUUUUAAACUCGAUUAUCCGCGAAAAAAGAACUUUCUGGCUCGCUUCUGGCAGUCUGUCGAAUAAGACGCUUCUCGUAUUUUACAAUCGACAACAGAGCCUUUCCUCAAUUUUUUUUUCUUUUCUAUUUUCGUUUAGUGGCAGUUUUAUGAUCUUCACUUAACGCGAUCUAACUCGGCACUAAGCAUCGAGAAUAAAUUAUUAUUGUUGUUAGCGGCGAGCAACAACGACGAUUCGAUUAUUUAAAUUAUCAAAGAAAACGUAAAAAAGGGAGUAUAAUAGAAACGCGUUGCUUUAGAUAUUCUUGUAUAGAUAUUCUUUUGGAAUUCGUUCGAUUCUAAUUCGUCGAUGAUUUUUUUCAUCGCUAUUCGCGUGCACGCAUUAUAUACACGCGAACAAAUACACUUUUCUACGAAUGUAUUUGAGAGACUGUUCAGAAAUAUUGCUGAAAAAAGUACAGAAAUUAAUUCUGAUCGAUUGUCUUAGAAAGAAAAAAAAAAAAAAAAAUUGAGCGAUGUACGUACCAAUACGACGAAUGAGAAUUUUGUCACAUUUUACGGGCAUGACCCGUCGAACAGUAAAAACAAGACGAAAAAAUGAAGAAGAAGUUACAAAAUAUAACCUUGUGUAACGUCAUAGGGAGAUGUGAUGUUUUUAAUUUUCCACAACCUUUGUGUUUUGCUUAUCACGCCUUAUUAAACGAAAAAUUAUGGUUUUCGUUUACCUUGUUAUAUACAUAUACAAAGCAGUAAGAGGAUGUAUUUAUUUUUUCGAAUCGGCAUUUCCGUUGUUCGACGUUAAACACUCGUUGCUCGACUCGAUUUUAAUUGCUACUCUGUAUAUAAUUUUGCACCGGAAAAUUCGUUCGUGAAAGUUGUGUACAAGUUCUAAAUGUCUAUAUCAAAAUAACGAAUAAUGUAGCAGAAGAAAUAUUUUUAUGUACGUUUAAUACGUAUAACGGUAUGAGAAAAUAAAGUAUCAAAACUUGAUUUUGAUCAUUAUCAACGUAUUUACGCUUGUUGUACAUGCACCAUUAUGAAUCCGCAUAAGUAAAGCGAUUUAUAAUUUUACCGCUUAGAUCUAUGAUCUUGAUAUUUUAUUUCGAUUAUAAUUUUGUCAAGGGAUAAGAGAAAGAAAUUAAAAAGUAUAUAUAAAAAUAUUAA